CGGUUCGCAUGGCACCGUGCUGCCCCAUGCACGCCGAAAUUAUUUUUCUGCUUGCUUUGGCGAUGCCAAUCUGUACUACGAUAUUAAUUUGCAUCCUAAAUUGCCCCCUAUAAAUCCGUGUACCUUGGUCAGGAGAUCGAUCACAAUCAUCAUCAACAUCAGAUCUGUAAGACUCGAAAGAGAUUUAGUAAGAGUGUGGACUAGAUCUAGAGAGUGCAGAGUGAGAGGAUGUCGACAAGCAGUGGCAAGCCGCUCCUCGUCGUGAUCCGCCGGAGCAAGCUCUCCGCAGGAGGUGAGGGCCGCCGCGUCUGCACAGAGUUCAAGCAGGCCAAGUACCCCUUCAAGUGGAGAAGGUACAUGUGCGCAAGGUGCGGGGUGCUCCGUGAUGAGCACAGGGCCUCCAAGAGCAAGGUCUCCACAGGAGAUGAGGGGGACCACAUCGCAGGUAAGAGCAAGCUCUGCGGAGAUGAGGGCGAGCACAUAGCUGGCAAGAACAAGCUCUCCGCAGGAGAUGAGGGCGAACAGAUAGCCUGCAAGAGCAAGCACUCCGCAGGAGAUGGGGGCGAGCACGACACCGACAAGAGCAAGCUGUUUGCAGGAGAUAAGGGCGAGCACAGCGCUGACAAGUGCAAGCUCUCUGCAGAAGAUGAGGGUGAGCGCAGCGCCAACAAGACUAAGAUCUCCGCAAGAGAGAAAGGCGAGCGUGUCUGCACCGAGUUCAAGCAGGCCAAGUACCCCUUCAAGUGGAGAAAGUACAUGUGUGCCAGGUGCGGGGUGCACCGUAGCGAGCAUGGUGUCAGCAAGGCCAAGGCCAAAGUGGACGACGACAUGGAGAAUAUCAGGGAGGAGCUCCUGCCGCCACGCAAGAGGCUCAUUCUCAGGUUCAAGCGGUCACAGGCCCUUGCCGCUGCUGCUGUUGCUGCAUCCAGGGAGAAGGAGAACAAGGAGGGGGAGCUAGAGGAAGGGGAGAUCACCUGGAGCCCCGGCUCGACGAUCACCAAGGGAAAGAGAGCCCCAAGGAGAAAGCCCUAGGAUGCACCGUGAACUGAGCAAUGCACCAUUGAGAACUUGUUAUAUGUGAAUCUCUUCAGCUAUGUGAAACAACUUGUGUACUGGUCCGAUGUACACUUCUUUUAA